AUGUACGUACCAGGCUACACUAAGGAAAAGCCCCUUUACGAACAAGACACAGAGAUGGGGGUAAAACAUUCACAUUAUGCUACACUAAGGAAAAGCCCCUUUACAAACAGGACACAGAGAUGGUGGGGGGGACAUUCACAUUAUGCUAGGCUACACUAAGGAAUAGCCCCUUUACAAACAGGACACAGAGAUGGAGGGGGAAAACAUUCACAUUAUGCUAGGCUACACUAAGGAAAAGCCCAUUUACAAACAGGACACAGAGAUGGAGGGGGGAAAACAUUCAUAUUCUGCUCUUUGUCUGUCCUGCUCCUCCCCGACUUCUCCUCCCCCUCUCACACUCUUCUUUGUGUUUCUCCACUCUCGUCUUGCGGCCCUCGGCCCCCCCCCCCCCUCUCUCUCUCUCUCUCUCUCUCUCUCUCCAAGUUCACCGGGCCUCUCCAGCAUAUUUCACUCAUCUUUUAUAAAAUAUUACCCAGAGAGCUCAGGGAUCCCUUUCAUGCUAUUGUCACACCAUCUCCAAAGUCCCAUCAAGCUGUCAAUGGCGCUCGCUGAAUUUAUGAACACGCCGCCUUCAGUGGCUCCACCAUCCGCCUGCAACACCCAACUCACCACAUAAUUAAAUCAGAGGUAAUGACCGGUGCCAAGCGGGGAGGGAGCAGACCUGAGAGUACAACUACUCCAGUGCCAUUUUCAGUUUCCAGUCGUCUGGACGGUUUCUCUCCCUUCUCCUAGCUCCGCCGGCUGGCUUUAAAAAACAAGUGGGCAUAAAUUGAGAAUGAGCUCGAAUCUCCACCAGACCAAGGAUAAUUAUGUUUCAAUUAUACAUUCCCCUGUUGUAUAUUUGAAGAGAGUGGCCGAAGGACGCCCUCCUCACCAUACCGAUGUAACCUGUGUUAAGGCAAUGAGUAUUAGGCUACGGACACGUACGAAAACGCAUCUGAAUUUCAUACUUGUACAUUUUUGUCCGUCAAAUGUUCAACUCACUUAAAACAAAAUUGAACGAUUUGCAUACAGGCAUACAACGGCAGACAUAUUAUUAAGUUUUUUUGACUGACAAUCAUCUCCAUUGUCCAUCAUUCGUCAACAGUUGACUCCCAUUUAAAAACCAUUGUCUCAAUCAGUAAAUUUCGGACACAAAAUCUCUGUGUGGUCAUUGCUUUAUGUGAAACAUUUUAGGUUUCAAACAAAUGAUUUGGAAGUCUGUGUGUAGCAUGUGCAGUACCCUAUCAACUGAGAUUCAAUAAGACGGGACGCUCCCAACAGCACUCUGCACUCAUCCCUCCUCAGCAACCAUCAGUACCACUCAACCAAAACACCAUAAAACCAUCAGUACCACUCAACCAAAACACCAUAAAACCAUCAGUCCUCCUACUAAACCAGCAAGCCUCACAGUCUCUCACUGGGCAAGUCUAAAAUAGCUUCAACUAGCUGCCUUCCGCUACAUCCAUUAGACUUGUUUUAUAGGAUCAACAUUGACAGAUCUUUAUAACCUCUUCAGUUCUUCAGUCCUCCACCUUCUAGUUGUCUCUUCCUCCCUGGAACAUAAUAGAACAAUGACUGUCAUUGAUUGGCCAGAUGGUCCACACUCCUUUUCCCAGAAGUUUCCCAAGGUAAAAGAUGUCACCCUAAGGAUCGGACCCUUUUUUUUCAAUUUUGCCUAAAAUGACAUACCCAAAUCAAACUGCCUGUAGCUCAGGACCUGAAGCAAGGAUAUGCAUAUUCUUGAUACCAUUUGAAAGGAAACACUUUGAAGUUUGUGUAAAUGUGAAAUUAAUGUAGGAGAAUAUAACACAUUAGAUCUGGUAAAAGAUAAUACCAAAAAACAAACAUGCAUAUUAAUAUUAUGUUUUCAUCAUCUUUGAAAUGCAAGAGAAAGGCCACAAUAUAAUAUUGCAGUUUAGGCGCAAUUUAGAGUUUGGCCAGAUUUCUUAUUUAUUUUUAUUUUUAUUUCACCUAUAUUUAACCAGGUAAGCCAGUUGAGAACAAGUUCUCAUUUACAACUGUGACUUGGCCAAGAUAAAGCAAAGCAGUGCGAUAAAAACAACAACACAGGGUUACAUAUGGGGUAAAACAAAACAUAAAGUCAAAAAAUACAAUAUAAAAUCUAUAUACAGUGUGUGCAAAUGUAGCAAGUUAUGGAGGUAAGGCAAUAAAUAGGCCAUAGUGCAAAAUAAUUACAAUUAGUAUUAACACUGGAAUGAUAGAUGUGCAAGAGAUGAUGUGCAAAUAGAGAUACUGGGGUGCAAAUGAGCAAAAUAAAUAACAAUAUGGGGAUGAGGUAGUUGGGUGGGCUAAUUUCAGAUGGGCUGUGUACAGGUGCAGUGAUCGGUAAGGUGCUCUGACAACUGAUGCUUAAAGUUAGUGAGGGAGAUAAGAGUCUCCAGCUUCAGAGAUUUUUGCAGUUCGUUCCAGUCAUUGGCAGCAGAGAACUGGAAGGAAUGGCGGCCAAAGGAGGUGUUGGCUUUGGGGAUGACCAGUGAGAUAUACCCGCUGGAGCGCAGACUACAGGUGGGUGUUGCUAUGGUGACCAAUGAGCUAAGAUAAGGCAGGGAUUUGCCUAGCAGUGAUUUAUAGAUGGCCUGGAGCCAGUGGGUUUGGCACAAAUAUGUAGUGAGGACCAGCCAACAAGAGCGUACAGGUCACAGUGGUGGGUAGUCUAUGGGGCUUUGGUGACAAUACGGAUGGCACUGUGAUAGACUACAUCCAAUUUGCUGAGUAGAGUGUUGGAGGCUAUUUUGUAAAUGACAUCGCCGAAGUCAAGGAUCGGUAGGAUAGUCCGUUUUACGAGGGCAUGUUUGGCAGCAUGAGUGAAGGAGGCUUUGUUGCGAAAUAGGAAGCCGAUUCUAGGUUUAAUUUUGGAUUGGAGAUGCUUAAUGUGGGUCUGGAAGGAGAGUUUACAGUCUAACCAGACACCUAGGUAUUUGUAGUUGUCCACAUACUCUAGGUCAGACCCGUCGAGAUUAGUGAUUCUAGUCGGGUGGGCGGGUGCCAGCAGCGUUCGAUUGAAGAGCAUGCAUUUAGUUUUACUUGUGUUUAAGAGCAUUUGGAGGCUACGGAAGGAGUGUUGUAUGGCAUUGAAGCUCAUUUGGAGGUUUGUUAACACAGUGUCCAAUGAAGGGCCAGAUGUAUACAAAAUGGUGUCGUCUGUGUAGAGGUGGAUCUGAGAAUCACCAGCAGCAAGAGCGACAUCAUUGAUAUACACAGAGAAAAGAGUCGGCCCAAGAAUUGAACCCUGUGGCACCCCCAUAGAGACUGCCAUAGGUCCAGACAACAGGCCCUCCGAUUUGACACAUUGAACUCUAUCUGAGAAGUAGUUGGUGAACCAGGCGAGGCAGUCAUUUGAGAAACCAAGGCUAUUUAGUCUGCCAAUAAGAAUGCGGUGGUUGACAGAGUCGAAAGCCUUGGCCAGGUCGAUGAAGACGGCUGCACAGUACUGUCUAUUAUCGAUCGCGGUUAUAAUAUCGUUUAGGACCUUGAGCGUGGCUGAGGUGCACCCAUGACCAGCUCGGAAACCGGAUUGCCCUUGACCAGCACAAAAACAUAUUUUCAGGGAAGUCAGGAACCAAUAUACACAAUCAGUUAGGAAAGCAAAGGCUAGCUUUUUCAAACAGAAAUUUGCAUCCUGUAGCACUAACUCCAAAAAGUUUUGGGACACUGUAAAGUCCAUGGAAAAUAAGAGCACCUCCUCCCAACUGCACACUGCACUGAGGCUAGGAAACACUGUCACGACCGAUAAAUCUACAAUAAUCGAGAAUUUCAAUAAGCAUUUUGCUAUGGCUGGCCAUGCUUUCCACCUGGCUACCACUACCCCGGCCACCAGCUCUGCACCCUCCGCUGCAACUUGCCUAUGCCCACCCCGCUUCUCCUUCACACAAAUUCAGACAGCUGAUGUUCUGAAAGAGCUGAAGAAUCUGGACCCCUACAAAUCAGCUGGGCUAGACAAUCUGGACCCUUUCUUUCUAAAGUUAGCCGCCGAAAUUGUCGCAACCCCUAUUUCUAGCCUGUUCAACCUCUCUUUCAUAACGUCUGAGAUCCCCAGAGAUUGGAAAGCUGCCGCGGUCAUCCCCCUCUUCAAAGGGGAUGACACUCUAGAUCCAAACUGUUACAGACCUAUAUCCAUCCUGCCCUGCCUUUCAAAAGUAUUUGAAAGCCAAGUUAACAAACAGAUCACCGACCAUUUCGAAUCUCACCGUACCUUCUCCGCUAUGCAAUCCGGUUUCCGAGCUGGUCAUGGGUACACCUCAGCCACGCUCAAGGUCCUAAACGAUAUUAUAACCGCGCUCAAUAAAAGACAGUACUGCGCAGCCGUCUUCAUCAACCUGGCCAAGGCUAUCGACUCUGUCAACCAUCAAAUUCUUAUUGGCAGACUAAAUAGCCUUGGUUUCUCUAAUGACUGCCUCACCUGGUUCACCAACUACUUCUCAGAUAGAGUUCAAUGUGUCAAAUCGGAGGGCCUGUUGUCUGGACCUCUGGCCGUCUCUAUGGGGGUGCCACAGGGUUCAAUUCUCGGGCCAACUCUAUUCUCUGUGUAUAUCAAUGAUGUUGCUCUUGCUGCUGGUGAAGCUCGGAUCCACCUCUAUGCAGAAGACACCAUUUUGUAUACAUCUGGCCCUUCAUUGGACACUGUGUUAACAAACCUCCAAACGAGCUUCAACGCCAUACAACACUCCUUCCGUAGCCUCCAACUGCUCUCAAACACUAGUAAAACUAAAUGCAUGCUCUUCAACCGAACGCUGCUUGCACCCGCCCACCCGACUAGAAUCACUACUCUCGGCGGGUCUGACCUAGAGUAUGUGGACAACUACAAAUACCUAGGUGUCUGGUUAGACUGUAAACUCUCCUUCCAGACCCACAUUAAGCAUCUCCAAUCAAAAGUUAGAUCUAGAAUCGGCUUCCUAUUUCGCAACAAAGCCUCCUUCGCUCAUGCUGCCAAACAUGCCCUCGUAAAACGGACUAUCCUACCGAUCCUUGACUUCGGCGAUGUCAUUUACAAAAUAGCCUCCAACACUCUACUCAGCAAAUUGGAUGUAGUCUAUCACAGUGCCAUCCGUAUUGUCACCAAAGCCCCAUAGACUACCCACCACUGUGACCUGUACGCUCUUGUUGGCUGGUCCUCACUACAUAUUCGUGCCAAACCCACUGGCUCCAGGCCAUCUAUAAAUCACUGCUAUGCAAAUCCCUGUCUUACCUUAGCUCACUGGUCACCAUAGCAACACCCACCCGUAGUCUGCGCUCCAGCAGGUAUAUCUCACUGGUCAUCCCCAAAGCCAAUGGUAACAAUGAAAGAGAUAGCAUCACUGGAGGCACCGCGUGUAUGGGGGGUGAAACAAAGGAGUUUGAGAGAGACUUGGGGCUCUACAGUGAAAUUGUAUAAUAAGAACUAACUGGAACAGCAAUAGGCAAGGCAUAUUGACAUGGGAGAGCGGCAUAAAGCAAUCACAGGUGUUAUUCGAGAGAGCUAAGACAACAACUGGUAAUGGCGAUGAAAGUUUGGGCUGAGGCUAAACAGAUAAACAGGACAGGUUACCAUGUAAAGGAACAGUCCAGCAGGCAUCAGCUGUGCAGCUGAGUGAUCAUAAGAUUGAUCCAGUGAAGCAUUGCAAUACUGGACUAUUUUGUAUCAAGUCUGCCCAAAUGUGCCGAAUUGGUCAAUUGAUACAUUUUCAAGUACAUAACUAUAGAGAACAUACAACAAUUAUAUGGUAAUACAAAAUGUAAGUUUACACACUCCCAGGAAUGUCAUACAUGAUGGAUCAUUAGCUUAUACACUAACUUUUACACAUCUAGAUGGCCGGGCAGGGUGGGUGUUGAGCCAGAGACAGCAGUGGUUCAAACUGUAGAACCCAGUUCCUACAUUUGAAUAUAAAAAUGGAUUUUAUCAAACAAAAUUACGCUACAUUUUGUCUCAGGGACCCUUAGGAUGACAAAUCAGAGCAAGAUUACUGAAUGUAAGUACAUUAUUUACCUUCAGAGGUGAAUGUAUCAAACCAGUUGCCGUGAUAAGUUUUUUGUUGUUGUGCACUCUCCUCAAACAAUAGCAUGGUAUUUUAUCACUGUAAUAGCUACUGUAAAUUGGACAGUGCAGUUAGAUUAACAAGAUUUUAAGCUUUCUCGACAUAUAAGACAUGUGUAUGUCCUGGAAAGUUUAAAGUUACUUACAACAGUCAUGCUAAUCACAUUAGCGCACGUUAGCUCAACUGUCCCGUAUACGGGACACCGAUCCCGUAGAGGUUAAAGGGGAAGGAUGCUAACCGGCUGACACUGCUACUGCCCUUGAGGACUGGAGUGGAGGCUAUGUUCCAAUGUCCACACUAGCUUCCCAUUAUUAGAAUGUAUAUACCCAUGCUUCAUUCUGUGUUAAUGUUAAAGGGGAUAUUGGAACAAAGCCAAUUCAGUGGCCAAUUCAGCUAUCCCUGAUCCUGGAGAGCUGCAGAGUGUAUGCAGGCUUUUGUUCCAGCCCAGCACUGAAUGACUGGACUGCUUCCACUGAGUAAAUGCUCAUCAAGACCUUGAUUAGUGCUGGGCUGGAACAAAACCAUGUACACCCAGUAGAUCUCAAGGACCGGCGAUCUAGAUCACAGAAGUCAAUGAAUGUGCUUGUGAAAUCCAAGGUAAUGUCUUAGUAGUUAUGAGGUUCUGUCCAGGAGGUGUACUUGUAGAUGUACUUGUAGAUGUACUUGUAGGUGUACUUGUAGGUGUACUUGGAGAUGUACUUGUAAGUGUACUUGUAGAUGUACUUGUAGGUGUACUUGUAGGUGUACUUGGAGAUGUACUUGUAGGUGUACUUGUAGGUGUACUUGUAGGUGUACUUGGAGAUGUACUUGUAGGUGUACUUGUAGGUGUACUUGGAGAUGUACUUGUAGGUGUACUUGUACAUCAAGUUGCCUCAGACACUACAGAAACAGGAGAUAGGCUCCUGCCCUAUGGGCCGUUCCGGCUUGGACAAGGCUUACUGACUUACUUUACUUAGUUUUGAGGUAAUAUUUUUAAACAUGUACUGUUGAAAGGGUUACUUGUAUUAAUAAUCCAUGUAUCAGAAUCCCCUAUUCCUAGAAAUAAUCCCAAGUGCAUGUUAGUUUGUCCUAAAUCUGAAGUACUUGAUACCAAUAACCCAGUUAAUAAGAAUGAUUUUCAAGAAUCAUUAUAAUGCUUGAAGCUUAGACUACUCUCCCUCAUGACCAAUGUCUCAGUUAAUGCUUUGAAAGACACAGACUGCACAGCACCUGGCUUUAAGUGUGUCUGUGUGUGUGUUCGUGUGUGUGUGUGUGUGUGUGCGUGUGUGUGUGUGUGUACUUGUGCACGUCUGUGUCUGCUGUGUGUAUCAGCCAGGAAGAGAGAGAUGAUAGGCCCAUUAUAAACAUCAUCAAAGGUAAACAUUUACUCAGCAUCUCCAGCGCCAUUAACGAAAGAGGAAGUAUAAAAGAGCCCCUUCUCCUUGGAUUGUAAUUGCCGUACGCUCUCAUGUUACAUAAAAUAAAGAGCCUCUCUCCUUGGAUUGUAAUUGCCGUACGCUCUCAUGUUACAUAAAAUAAAGAGCCCCUUCUCCUUGGAUUGUAAUUGCCGUACGCUCUCAUGUUACAUAAAAUAAAGAGCCUCCCUCCUUGGAUUGUAAUUACCGUACGCUCUCAUGUUGAAUAAAAUAAAGAGCCUCUCUCCUUGGAUUGUAAUUGCCGUACGCUCUCAUGUUACAUAAAAUAAAGAGCCCCUUCUCCUUGGAUUGUAAUUGCCGUACGCUCUCAUGUUACAUAAAAUAAAGAGCCUCUCUCCUUGGAUUGUAAUUGCCAUACGCUCUCAUGUUACAUAAAAUAAAGAUCCCCUUCUCCUUAGAUUGUAAUUGCCAUACGCUCUCAUGUUACAUAAAAUAAAGAGCCCCUCUCCUUGGAUUGUAAUUGCCAUACGCUCUUAUGUUACAUAAAAUAAAGAGCCCCUCUCCUUGGAUUGUAAUUGCCAUACGCUCUUAUGUUACAUAAAAUAAAGAGCCCCUCUCCUUGGAUUGUAAUUGCCAUACGCUCUUAUGUUACAUAAAAUAAAGAGCCCCUCUCCUUGGAUUGUAAUUGCCAUACGCUCUUAUGUUACAUAAAAUAAAGAGCCUCUCUCCUUGGAUUGUACAUUCUCAUGUUACAUAAAACAUUUGCUUGAUGGAGCGACGUCAGAGCACAGUCCAUCACCCAGCUGCUGAGUGCUUUGUUCCCUCAUCACUCACUUUUUCCACCUGCCCGCAUGGAGCCGAAGCAGUUGGAACCGGUUUCUCUCUAGCCAUAUGUUCGGUACAGUCCCGGGUGGUGUUCAUUUGGCACCAAACUGAAGAAAAUGGAGCCAAACGAGGAGGGACUACCUGGACUAUAAGAAAUGCUCAUUUUGGCUUUCCUUUGCAAAACGUUUUAAAACGUUUUCCAUCGCUUCGUUCCCCAACGAUCAUAACCUGGGUCAAAGCAGGGCAGUUGUGGAAGCUCUUACUCACACAGUCUUGGUUUAGAAAAUACCACGGAUGGGAGAGGGACACUCGUUGAUUGAUUAAAUGCCCUGGCUUGGUUUAAUAAUAAUGACUAUGCAAUCAUUAGAAGGUCUUUUUAUUUUUUUAUUUUAUUUAUUUCACCUUUAUUUAACCAGGUAAGCCAGUUGAGAACAAGUUCUCAUUUACAGCUGCGACCUGGCCAAGAUAAAGCAAAGCAGUGCAAUAAAAACAACAACACAGAGUUACAUAUGGGGUAAAACAAAACAUAAAGUCAAAAAUACAAACAGAAAAUAUAUAUACAGUGUGUGCAAAUGUAGCAAGUUAUGGAGGUAAGGCAAUAAAUAGGCCAUAGUGCAAAAUAAUUACAAUUAGUAUUAACACUGGAGUGACAGAUGUGCAAGAGAUGAUGUGCAAAUAGAGAUACUGGGGUGCAAAUGAUCUGCAGGUCUGCAAGUGCUUCUCUCUUCAGAGAGCCUUGAUGGUUCAUACAAUAAGGAGAGUGCUCGUUAAAUAGACUACGUAUGUCCCAAAUGUCCUCCUAUUCCCUAUAUAGUGCACUCCUUUUGACCAGGGCCCUAUGUUUAAAUGUGUACGCUGUGAAUAUGUUGACGCUGUGAAAUGAAAGGCCUCUGCUGGUCCCCGAGGCAUCACCAGGUCUGGUUUGGUUCCUGUGUACGUGAUGAUGUGACUUUGUGAUGCACCUUUCCCCAUGAGGGCCGCCGUGUGUCAGCUUGUUUGCCGGGAUGACUCAGUAUUUUUUUGUCAUUUAGCAGACGGUCUUACAGUGGUGAGUGCAUACAUUCGUACAAACAAAAACAACCUCACACACACAUUGAGAGGAACAGGUUCAGCCGCAGUGCAGCGCACCAUGAAUGGAGAGCAUAUUGUGACAGCUAUUAAUAUAUGCCAUUUAGCAGACGUUUUUAUCCAAAGCGACUUACAGUCAUGCGUGCAUACAUUUUUGUGUAUGGGUGGUCCCGGGGAUCGAACCCACUACCUUGGCGUUACAAGCGCCGUGCUCUACCAGCUGAGCUACAGAGGACCACAUACAUUAAGGACUGUAUGUUCUAUUCUUAGUGUACACUAGUGAUUAUACGAGCCGUGCUUUGGUACAAUUGUGGGCCACUACAACGUAAAAUAAAAACUGUAGCCUACCACAGUACAGGUUUCUCUGACAAACUAGCAGACAUUAGAGUGCCGGGUUGCACACGCACUGUGGGCCAACAGCUAUAAUGCUGUUAUAAUGCGUCGUAUUCGUAAGACUUGCCAUAAGCAUAAGGCCCCCUUAUAAUGUCUCAUAACAAGUUAACAUCAGCUGUUUUGAGUUCAUUGAAAUAUUUCCACAUAGAAAGACGUUAAAACAUCAUAAGGCCUCAUACAGGCUUAAAACAAGUAAUGCAAUUGAUUACAUUAGAAGUACAGUUUCACAUGGUGCGGCGAUGCGACAGCGGCAGAAGGCGGUAUAGACCUACAGUACUGUAGUUCAGUGACUUAGACUGUAUCAGUUGGCUGUGCUAUGCAGAUUUGUCGGUCAGCCCAAGUGUAUAAGUUAUUUGAGCUCAUGUCAAGUCACAACGGUGGUAACACAUAAUCGGCUAAUACAAAGAUCUUACACAGGGACUGCUGUUAAGCACUCCAUGCCAACAGUUCAAAAGUUAAUGUCAUCAGUUUGUCAGUUUCCCUGAUGGAGAGAAGAUCAGACUGCUUGACACAGGCAUUUUCAGGAACAGACUGGGACCAGAUAAUUUCCCUCCAAGCCCCCACACUGGCCCAUUUUUUCCAUUGUGUCCCACAUUAGCCAAAUAAUGAUGAUCAUUCUGUGCAAAACCCCCAAUUUAGAAAGGCCCACUGGGCAUUUUGCCAGAACUGCCCUAUGGCCACCCGCCCUCUGAGAAACCCCUUAUAAAACUCCAGUAAAAUUGUUAAUUAAAUGCCCGGAAAAGAAACAUCACAUCGGGGGCUAAACUUUCCACAUAAUUGGCUAGAAACUCUUCCACAUAAGGGGCUAGAACCUUCCACAUAAGGGGCUAGAAUCUUCCACAUGAAUUUGGCUAGAACUUUUUCCACAAAACGGGGCAAAAUUUCCACUUUAAAAGGGGGGCUGGGAAAACCCCUUUCCCCCCAUAACUUGGUAAAAUCUUCCCAUAAGUGGUAAAAACCCCUUCCAAAAAUUAAAGGGGGCUAGAAUCUUCCACAUAAGUGGCUAAAAACUCUUCCACUAAGGGUGGCUAAAAAUCUUCCACAUUAAGGGCUAAAAACUUUUUCCACAUAACGUGGCUAGAACUCUUCCACAUGAAGUGGCUAAAAUCUCUUCCCUUUAAACGGGGUUUAAACUCUUCCAAUAACGUGGCUAAAAACUUUUUCCCACAUGAAGUGGCUAGAAACUCUUCCACAUGGAAGUGGGCUAGAACCUCUUCCACAUGAAGUGGCUAGAACUCCUUCCAUCAUAACGUGGCUAGACUCCUCUUCCCAAUGGAGAGUGGCUAGAAUUCUUCCACCAUGAAGUGGCUAGAACUCUUCCACAUAAAGUGUCUAGAACUCUUCCACAUGAAGUGGCUAGAACUCUUCCACAUGAAGUGGCUAGAACUCUUCCACAUUAAGUGGCUAGCACUCUUCCACAUAACGUGGCUAGAACUCUUCCACAUAAAGUGUCUAGAACUCUUCCACAUGAAGUGGCUAGAACUCUUCCACAUGAAGUGGCUAGAACUCUUCCACAUUAAGUGGCUAGAACUCUUCCACAUGAAGUGGCUAGAACUCUUCCACAUGAAGUGGCUAGAACUCUUCCACAUUAAGUGGCUAGAACUCUUCCACAUGAAGUGGCUAGGAACUCUUUCCCAUCCACUAAAGUGUCUAGAACUCUUCCAACAUGAAGUGGCUAAAUCUUCCACAUGA